UUCGGUAGAGGGACAUUCCCAGGGGACUGUGCCCAGGGACAGGCUGAGGAUGCCGAGGGCUCCCAGAGGUGCUGCUUCCCACUGCACAUGUCCCUGCUGCUCUGCCACUGUCCCUUCCCACUCAGCGUGUCUGAAUGUGCUCUCUCCUCUUUUCCUGUCCCCUUUGUCUGCCUCUCUGUUGAUCCUUUUUCUGCUCUUUGGGGGCUCGCUCUCUGUUUCUCUGUGUCUGUCUUUCUGUCUGUCUCUGUCUCCUCCCGCCCCCUGUGCCCACCUCUCUCCCCAUCUCUGCUUUGUCUCUCUCUUCCUGUCUCUUCAAUCCAUCCCUUUUCCUGUCCGUCUCCCCGAUUUCUUGGUCCCCCACACUCCCCCGCCCUGUUGUUUUCCCUCUUUCUUCGUCUCUGCCCAUCUCCGCCCCGUUUCUUCCUGUCCCUCUGUUCCUGCCACCUGUCCCCCACCCAUCCCCCUUUCUGGCCAUGUCUUUCCUCGCCAGCCUGUCCAAAGCCGCUGACCUGGACCAUCACUGGGUGGCCAAGGCCUGGCUGAAUGACAUCGGCCUGUCCCAGUACUCUCAGGCCUUCCAAAACCACCUGGUCGACGGGCGGAUGCUACACUCCCUGAUGAAGCGGGACCUGGAAAAGCACCUGAAUGUGUCCAAGAAGUUCCACCAGGUCAGCAUCCUGCUGGGGAUCGAGCUGCUGUACCAAGUGAACUUCAGCAGGGAGGCCCUCCAGGAGCGCCGCGCCCGCUGCGAGACCCAGAACAUAGACCCUGUGGUCUGGACCAACCAACGGGUGCUCAAGUGGGUGCGGGACAUCGACCUGAAGGAGUACGCAGACAACCUGACCAACAGCGGCAUCCACGGUGCUGUGUUGGUGCUGGAGCCCACAUUCAACGCCGAGGCCAUGGCCGCUGCCCUGGGCAUCCCCAGCGGGAAGCACAUCCUUCGGAGACACCUGGCAGAGGAGAUGAGUGCCGUCUUCCACCCAGCCAAGUGAGUGUGGGCUGCUGGCUCCCGCUCUGGGGCUCGAGGAGAUGACCCUGACUUCCCCACGGCCCCCUCACUUCCCGCACCCCCUUCUCCCCUACCACACGGAGGCCUCCUUUUACA